AAAAUUCCCCAAUACUCUCCCCGUGGCCUACGGCUGAGGCAUUGUCUCUGUGAUAUAAACUAUACAGAUGAUCGGCGACGGUGUCGAGGACGAAGAGAAAUGGUUGGCGGCAGGGAUCGCCGGUCUUCAGCAAAACGCCUUUUACAUGCACCGAGCUCUGGAUACGAACAAUCUGAGAGAUGCUUUGAAGUUCUUGGCGCAGAUGCUCUCCGAGCUCCGUACUUCCAAGCUUUCUCCUCACAAGUACUAUGAACUUUACAUGCGGGCGUUUGACGAAUUGAGGAAGCUAGAGAUUUUCUUCAAGGAAGAGACGCACCGAGGCUGCUCGAUCGUUGAGCUAUAUGAAAUUGUGCAGCAUGCUGGUAACAUAUUGCCUAGAUUGUAUCUCUUAUGCACUGUGGGAUCUGUAUACAUCAGGUCCAAAGAAGCUCCUGCCAAGGAUGUCCUUAAAGAUGUCAUGGAAAUGUGUCGUGGCAUUCAGCACCCUGUACGCGGGCUCUUCUUAAGGAGUUACCUUUCUUAAAUCAGUAGGGAUAAAUUACCUGAUAUCGGUUCGGAAUAUGAAGGGGAUGCAGACACAGUUGUAGAUGCUGUUGAGUUGGUGCUCCAAAAUUUCACAGAGAUGAACAAGCUGUGGGUGUGAAUGCAGCAUCAGGGACCUGCCCGUGAAAAGGAAAGGAACGAGCUACGAGAUCUCGUUGGGAAGAAUUUGCAUGUCCUCAGUCAGGUAGAAGGAAUUCACCUUGAUAUGUACAGAGAUACAGUGCUUCCUAGAGUCCUUGAGCAGAUUGUCAACUGUAAGGACGAGAUUGCUCAAUUCUAUCUGAUGAAUUGCAUUAUUCAAGUCUUUCUGGAUGAGUAUCAUUUGCAAACUCUGGAAGUUUUACUUGGUGCUUGUCCCCAGCUCCAGCCGUUUGUUGAUAUAAAGACAGUGUUGUCUAGAUUGAUGGAAAGGCUCUCUAAUUAUGCUGCUCAAGUUUUGCCUGAGUUCUGGCAAGUUGAAGCCUUUUCGAAGCUGAACAAUGCUAUAGGAAAGGUGAUAGAAGCACAGCCAGAUAUGCCUAUUUUUGGAGCUGUUACAUUAUAUUCAUCUCUCCUUACAUUCACACUGCAUGUGCAUCCUGACAGACUUGACUAUGCAGAUCAAGUUUUGGGCUCCUGUUUUAAGAAACUGGAGCAUGUGGGAAAAGUUGAAGACAAUAAAGCUACAAAGCAAAUUGUGGCGCUGUUGAGUGCACCUUUAGAGAAGUAUAAUGAUAUUGUCACUGCAUUGAAGCUUUCUAACUAUCCUCGUGUGAUGGGGUAUCUAGACACCGAGACCAGUAAAAUCAUGGCAACUGUUGAGGCAUUAUUUGAAUUGAUGAAAGGGCUUAUGAAGGAUUUGGAGGGCGCCACUGAAGAGGUUAAUGAAGAUGAUUUUAAGGAGGAGCAGAAUUAUGUUGCACACCUUAUUCAGAUGUUGAUUAAUGAUGAUCCAGAGGAGAUGUUCAAGAUCAUGUGUGUGGUGAGGAAUCAGAUAAUGUCAGGAGGACCGAAGCGCCUGCCAUACACCAUUCCUUCUUUUGUCUUCUCGUCCUUGAAGUUGGUUAGGCAGUUGCAAGGGCAAGAUGAAAAUCCAUUUGGCGAUGAGGCUACAACACCAAAAACAAUCUUUCAUCUUUUGAAUCAGGUAGGAUUCUCGGUUUUAAUAUGCUUAAAGCGUGCUCUGAGAAUAGCCAAUGGUGCGCAACAAAUGUCUAAUGCUGCAUGGGGAAGCACAGGAUCAGUCACACUCUUUAUUGAGAUUCUGAACAAAGGCGAAGAGGUCGGUGGUGACGAACUGACGAUGGUCUGUCUCGAGCUCCACAUCGAUGGCGAAGUGGAUUUUAGGAUCGACGGAGUGGAGGGCGGAGUGACGCUAAGACUACUGCUCAAAAGCAGCCCUCCAUCUAACUACCAUCUCGCCUUGGUCCGCUACCGCGUCGCCCCGGUACCGCCUCGUGCCUCAGCGCUGCUCAACUGGGUCGGGAAUCGCCCCUUCUCGGCGUUCGAGGUGUAUAAGAUGGAUGCUGUUCGGAGGAGAUGGGUGCGUGCCGCGAACUUGAGCGGCGCUGCCGGCGACGAGGAGAAGAGGGCUCUGUUUUUGGGCGGGGGUGACUCUGUUUCGGUCCCCGCCGGCGGUGGGAUUGCGGCGGACUCCGUAUACUACACGGACGAUGGCUGGGAGCAGAUGGAUGAGGAUUACUUGUACGGAGGGCACGACAUCGGGGACUGCUUUCUUCUUCUCCCCGUUCCCAAUCAGACCAGAACUCUUGGCAAUCAGUACCAAGAUCCCAUUGCAAACGAUGAACAUGUAAUUCUUGUCCACAACUGUGCUGGAAAGUUUAAGGAACAGAGGAAUCACAUAAGCAGAAUGCUGCAACAGUACAAAGAAGAAGAGAAUUGGAGCUAUGAGCUUUGUGGCCUUCUUAACAGACUGGGAAGAAUUGCUCAGGGGAAGAGACUUGUUGUGAUGGCUUGUGAUGGCUUUGUGGCCUUCAGAGCUUAG